AUGCCAGUGCCCACCCCACGCCAUCCGGACUCAAUCCCUGUGAGCCCCACUCCCACGGUGCCGCUGCCGUCACCCACCCUGCACUGUUCGAACUUGGCCCCCAUGACCCUUGCUCCCAUAGUGCCGUCGUCAUCACCCACCCCUUGCGGUGUUGCCAUGCUCUCCAACCCCCCUGUGACCCCCGCUGCUACGGUGCCACUGCCCUCACCUACCCACACCCCCUUUGUCGGUCCCCCUGCUGCCCUCACCGACCCCUCGCGACCCUCACUCUUGCGGCACCGCCACUGUCACCCAACCCCCGUGACUCACCCCCCACAGUGCCGCCACCCUCUCAAACACCCUGUGACCCCGGAUGCCAUGGUGCCACCAUCCUCACCCAUCCAUACCCCCUUUGUUAGUUCCCCCCAUCGCCCUCACCAACCCCCCUCUGUCGGUUCCCCCUACCGCCCUCAUCGACCCCUUGCCGCCCUCACCGACCCCCCACGACGCCCGCUCUCGCGGUGCUGCCGCUGUCACCCACCCCCCGUGACCCACCUCUCGCGGUGCCUCCACCAUCUCCAACCCCCUGUGACCCCCGUUGCUGUGGUGCCACAGCCCUCACCCACCCGCACCCCCUCUGUCAGUUCCCCCCACCACCCUCACCGACCCCCCACCGCCCUCACCGACCCCCUGUGA